AUGAAUGUUUGCUCCGCGCCCCGACAAGGUGAGGUCCAGGUCUGGGUCCAGGUCUGGAUCUGGCCGCAGGCGCUAUCCAACCUGGGCCGGCUAGCCAGGUGCCAGGGAGACCCAACCAGAGCUGAUGCCGUCUGUACUGGGGGCUCAGGGUCAGGCGUCAUCAAAAGUGCAGCUCUGUGGAGCCACAAGGAGAUGAGGGCCGUCAACGCGACAUUACAAUAUCCACGGAACGAAGCUGGGCUGGGCUGCUCGGGGCAGGAAGGUCAGCCAGGGCAGGAAGUGUCCACUGUCAGCUCACGUCGCGUAGCCCAGCAGGGUAUUCGGCACCGACGCAGGCUUGCCCUUGCCCACCUUGCCCACCUUGCCCAGGCACGCAGUGGCACGCUCCUGCUGUGCACAGGUAACCAUGGUGGUGGACUAAUCGAGAAGGAGCGGUCGGGGUGGACUUGGGAGCAUGGAAGCCCAUUGAGGCCGAACCCCACGGGCAUGAGUCUCGACGAGAUAAGGCCAUCUCCGAUUCUCUCCCAUGCCUAUGCUAUGCUAUGCCAUGCCAUGCCCACGCCACGCCAUGCCAUGCCGCGUCCCGUCCAGAACAACAGCUGGUACACCGCACUGCAGCUUGCCAGUGCAAGUGCCAGCGCCAGUACCAGUACCACUGCCCUUACUGGCCCAGCGUCAAUGUUCACUACACUAUUGUGUACUAUGGAACCGCCUAGGGCUGAGGACACCUCGCACCGCACGGUCCAGCAGAACCGCAGCCCUGCGGCCGCGACUGCGAGGGGCGAGGCCGAGGGCGACGAGGGCGGUGGCCAGGCCUGA